AUGAACUCGCUACGAUAUCAAACCUUCUUUGGCCUAUUCCUGUUAUCAAUAUUACUGGUAUUGGUGGUAUUGACGACACCCAGUACUAGUUUAGAACUAGAAAAACGAAGUUUCCAAUUUAAAUAUACGAAGAGAGACAACAAUUCUACUAGUGGCAAUUCUAAUAGUGGCAAUUCUAAUACUGGCAAUUCUAAUAGUGGCAAUUCUAAUAGUGGCAGUCCCACUAGCCCUAGUGGUAGUUCCUCUAGUGGCAAUUCUAAUAGUGGCAAUUCUAACAAUGGUGGUUCUGGUGGUGGAAACACUAAUGGUGGCAAUACGGCGAGUCCGACAGGAACAUCAAGUUCUGCCCCUAAAAAUGCUCCUGUUGCUAAUCCUAUUGCUUCGAUAACCGGAUCAACUUAUAUCGGAAAACCUACAUCCGCUGUGGCCCCGCCUACUACUCCAUCAAUUCCUUCAUCAACUUCUCCGUCUAAUUUGAAUGCUAAUGAUAAUAGUGCAUCAUCUGCUGCUUCACCACCAUCAUCAUCGCAAUCCCCAUCUUCACCAAAUAAAAAUCCAUCAAAUUCUAAAAAUGAUCCCUCGCCUUCUGCUAAUUCAAAUAGUUCAAAUCCACCCAAACCACAAUCGAAAUCACCACUGACAUCACAAAACAGAAAGUCAAAUGAUAAAAAUUCGAAUCAGGCCUCCACUUCUUACACGGUAAUUUCCACAACUUACACCACUGUGAUACCUCCUAGCACGAUACAAACGACUUCAACCAUGCCCAAUGGACAACAAACAGUUUUUGAAACUGUACUUCCCCCUCAAACCAAAACGGUGGUCACUGACGUGACGGGCGUAAAACCAACUUCAUCAAAUAAGCCCGGCACUCUUCUAACAGAUGCUGCAGUAGGCAAAUCUCUGCAAUAUAAAAGUCUUUUCCGGAAUCUUCUUGCCAUAUUCUUUAUUAGCGUAGAAAAAGAGGGUGAUCGUAUGCUUUUUGGGACUUGA